AAUUCUUAGCUUUCUUGCCCCGUAAGACGGAGGAAGGGCAGGCGGUGUAGAAGGAGGACGACGAUGGCGUGUGCAGCGGUGGAGAAAAAGCAAUCGGCCGAGGUAGAGGUGGAGGAAGAGAUGUGCGCGCCGGUGGCGAAGGUCAGAGGGGGCGGAGGCGAGGGGCUGCGGCAGUACUACGUGCAGCACAUCCAUGAUAUCCAGCUCCAUCUCAGGCAGAAGACGAACAAUCUCCAGCGCCUCGAGGCCCAGAGGAACGAUCAAAACUCUCGAGUCAGAAUGCUCCGAGAAGAGUUGCAGCUGCUUCAGGAGCCUGGUUCGUAUGUUGGAGAGGUGGUGAAAGUUAUGGGGAAAUCGAAGGUCCUUGUCAAGGUUCAUCCAGAAGGAAAAUAUGUUGUUGAUAUUGAUAAGAGCAUUGACAUCACUAAGCUAACACCAUCAACCAGAGUUGCUCUUCGCAAUGACAGUUAUGUCCUUCAUCUUAUCCUACCCAGCAAAGUAGACCCUCUAGUAAAUCUGAUGAAAGUUGAAAAAGUUCCUGAUUCAACUUAUGACAUGAUUGGUGGUCUUGAUCAGCAAAUCAAAGAGAUUAAGGAGGUUAUUGAGCUUCCAAUCAAGCAUCCUGAACUGUUUGAAAGCCUUGGAAUUGCUCAACCAAAGGGUGUCUUGCUUUACGGCCCACCUGGCACAGGGAAAACUUUAUUGGCAAGGGCCGUUGCUCAUCAUACUGAUUGCACCUUCAUUAGGGUUUCUGGUUCUGAGUUGGUCCAGAAAUACAUUGGAGAAGGCUCUAGAAUGGUUCGGGAACUGUUUGUUAUGGCUAGGGAACAUGCUCCAUCAAUUAUAUUCAUGGACGAAAUAGACAGUAUUGGAUCCGCUAGAAUGGAGUCGGGCACCGGUAAUGGUGACAGUGAAGUACAGCGGACAAUGCUUGAGCUGCUUAACCAGCUUGAUGGGUUUGAGGCAUCAAACAAAAUUAAGGUUCUAAUGGCCACUAACAGGAUCGACAUUCUAGACCAAGCACUCCUCAGACCUGGUAGAAUUGACAGAAAAAUCGAGUUCCCAAAUCCCAACGAAGAGUCCCGCUUUGAUAUCUUAAAGAUUCAUUCGCGGAAGAUGAACUUGAUGCGCGGCAUAGAUCUUAAAAAGAUUGCGGAAAAGAUGAAUGGAGCGUCUGGUGCAGAACUGAAGGCUGUGUGCACAGAAGCAGGGAUGUUUGCACUCAGGGAACGAAGAGUCCAUGUUACACAGGAGGAUUUUGAGAUGGCAGUUGCUAAAGUCAUGAAAAAAGACACUGAGAAGAACAUGUCCCUCCGAAAAUUAUGGAAGUAGAUGUUUCUUAUUCAUCGACUUAUUUUAUGUUUUAACUCAGACUUGGUUGAUCGCAUCGUCCGCAGAGCAGUGCUUUAAAUUCUGCAAAGCCUGCAACUCCAUCCUAAUAUGAAUAAACGGUCAAAGGUGCUGAGCUACGUGAUGCUUGUGGCUAAAUGCAUUUCAUGGUCAAACCUUUUUUAUACUUACAUAUGAGGAUUUAGUCAUGGCAGUAAUUUUAUACUUUCCUGUUCAA